GUCCCGGGGCCCCGCGCGCGGGGGGAGGUCGCCCUUCCGCCGCCCCGGCGGGUGGCUGCUGUUGGUUUGCUGGCUCUGGCUGCCCGCGCGCUGCCCCGGCAGCUCCCCCGGCGCCGGCGAGCUGCGGUGCCUGCAGAUGUCGGCCUUCGCCAACCGCAGCUGGGCGCGCUCCGACGCCCUGGCGCUGGUCGGGGGGCUGCGCGCCUACAGCUGGGGCGGCGCCUCGGACGCCGUGCGCUUCCUCAAGCCCUGGGCCCGGGGCUCGUGGGGCCAGCGGCAGUGGGACGACAUGCAGCGCCUGUUACGCGUGUACCGCAAGGGCUUCACCCGCGACGUGCAGGAGCUCGUCAAAAUGCUGCACUUAGACUAUCCCUUUGAGAUCCAAGUGUCCGCUGGCUGUGAGGUUCUCCCAGGGAACACCUCGCAAAGCUUCUUCCACGCGGCCUUCCAAGGACAGGAGAUCCUCCAUUUCCAAGGCACCUCUUGGGUGCCCACCCCAAGUGCCCCCGUCUGGGCAGACAGGGUCUCCAGGAAGCUCAACGAGGACCAGGGGACCCGGAAAACAAUACAGUUGCUCCUCAAUGAUACCUGCCCCCUGUUUGUCAGGGACAUCCUGGAGGCAGGGAAGUCGGAGCUGGAGAAGCAAGUGAAGCCUGAGGCCUGGCUGUCCACUGGCCCCAGUCCCGGUUCUGGCCGUCUGCUCCUUGUGUGCCAUGUGUCCGGCUUCUACCCAAAGCCAGUGUGGGUGACGUGGAUGCGGGGUGAGCAGGAGCAGCCGGGCACCCGGCGCGGCGACGUCCUGCCCCACGCUGACGAGACGUGGUAUCUUCGGGUGACCCUGGACGUGGCGGCCGGGGAGGCGGCCGGCCUGUCUUGCCGAGUGAGACACAGCAGUCUAGGAGGCCGGGACAUGGUCCUCCACUGGGGGUCCCCCACGGGGCUGAUCGCCGUGGCCGUGCUGGUGCCCCUUGUGAUCACUGGGUGUGUUGUAUACUUAACCCUCAAGAGGCGCUGCUCCUAUCAAAACAUCCUGUGACUGUGCUUACGGCACCUGUUGGCCUGGGACUCAGGACCCCAAGUUCCCAGGACGGCAGCUCAGCCGCUGAGGGUGAAAGAGAGGUGCCCUGAAGAAGCAGGCAGUUGUCACAAGGCUGCUCUCAUCACAUCCUUUCGACAUUUCAUCUAAGAAGAUUUAAGUUCUUUUCCACUGUACUGCAAGUUUCUAAGCCCAAGUGGUUCUACAAAAAUAGAAGUGUGGACUUCAGGCGCAAGCGGAUGAGGGCCGGGGCGGGAGGGAGUGGGUGCCCGUUGGUUGUUUGCACGGUGGAAUCGGGAGUGAAUCAGGAAGUCCUUGGUCCAGCUUCUUCUUGUCAAGAAUAAAGGAA